UUUGUUGGUUCCCCUCACUCAUCAGUCGAUCUUUCAGUCGCUCACAGUCAGUUUCUCUCUCACUCGUACACAGAAAACUUGCAUAUGAGAGAGAGAGAGAGAGAGAGAGAAAGAGUUGUCAAGUUGGCGCAGUAGUUGUCAUAAAUGAGGAGGGAAGGAGGGAAGGGAGGGAGAUGGGUUAAGUUAAGUGAGGAGCAGUAAGAGCAGAGUGGGUGCAGUUUCCAUGGCGGCGUUGCAGGGCUCUAAUUCCGUGCCAUUAUUAUUGCUUCGAACUACCACAGAGAAGUAGAAUUCAAUUCAAAAACCCCUCCAGUUGCUCACUCUACCCAACCCAACCCUUCCUCUAGUUCUUUUGUCUAAUAUUCUUACCCUAAAAUAUUCCCAACAAUUGCCCCUCAAAAAGCUGCCAAAACCCCGUAACAAGGUCACACACACUCAGAGAGUCACAGAGCUAAGAGAAUGAGGUCAAAAAGCAAAGCUGGCUCAAACCCUGCUUAAUUAAUAUCCCCACAGUACCAAAGCUCCUCAGGAUUUUGAUGAUAUGGAUUUGUACCCAAAAUUGAGGUCAUCAGAGAAAUGGCUGGCUUGUUUUGCUUAGGCGGAAGAGAUCAAGCUCCAACAAGCAGCAGCAAACAAGAGGGCCGAGGAGGAGGAGGAGGAGGAGAUCAAGAAAGAGUGGAAGGAGGAGGAGGAGGAAACCUGUAUUUGUACAGAUCAUCAAACGAGGGACAGGCCGAGAUCUACAACAAGGGCUUCGAGAUAUGGCCUUCCCAGUAUCAUCACCCACACCAGAAUUUGAACUACUACUCGUUUGGAGUGGAUCCUAGUUACAGCCGAAGACACUUACACAACGACGACAACGACCACAACCACAACGACGUCGUCCCUGCGGAUGAUCUGUCUUCAGGAUUGAGACUCGCGGUGAUGAGGCAAGGUGGUGGGGGAGGGUUAGGAGGGUCGAGCAGCAGCGGCAUGAAUUGCCAAGACUGCGGGAACCAAGCCAAGAAAGACUGCCCUCACAUGAGGUGCAGAACUUGCUGCAAGAGCCGAGGGUUUCAGUGCCAAACCCACGUCAAGAGCACUUGGGUUCCUGCUGCCAAACGCCGAGAGAGGCAAGAACAAUUCUCUGGUCUGCAACAAAAUCAACAACAACAAGAACAGCAGCAACAGCAGCUACAGUUUCGAGGAGACAAUCCCAAAAGGCAGAGAGAGAGUCAAGGGGGGGCGGGCUCUCUUGCCUGCGUUCGUUUGCCAUCCAACACGUCAGGGUUGGAACUGGCACAAUUUCCAUCAGAAGUGAGUUCACCAGCGGUGUUCCGUUGUGUAAGAGUAAGUGCAAUGGACGAUGCAGAUGACCAGUACGCCUAUCAAACGGCUGUCAACAUCGGAGGCCAUGUCUUCAAGGGACUUCUCUACGAUCAAGGCCCCGAUGGUCAAUAUUACCCAAGUUCUAGUACUGGAGGAGGAGAAAGCUCCUCAGGAGGCCGUCAUGAUCAUCAAGAAGGCGGAGGAGCCCAUCCACAUCAUCAGCAACAUAAUCUGGUUACAGUCGCAGCCACUGCCGGCACCACCAGCCACGGUGGAAACCCAUCUACCACAUUGCUCGACCCGUCACUCUUCCCAACUCCACUCAAUGCUUUCAUGGCUGGUACGCAAAUCUUCCCACCCCCGAGGUCUUAGAAAUUUUUUUUAAAAAAAAGGCCCCCCCCAGUCUAGCAGCUGAUAUUAAUUGUUCUUAAUUGUUGCGGUUUCAAGUUUCGUUUAAUUUAACAUCAUGCACUCAAGUAGAAGAAGAAUGCCUAGGAAGUGGAGGAGGAGAGGAUGAUUAUGAUUGAUGAGGACGAUCGAUAUAUCUUGUGGGGAUGUUUGGUUUUGUUCGAAUUUCAAUUCUGAUUUUCGUUGUUUUAUUACUUUGAUGAUAACUGUUAUCGAUGAUGAUGACCCCAUUAAUGAUUAAUCUAAAUUAGAAUUGAAUUAAA